GCAGGUCCUGCAGCCCCAGGAGAUGAUGGUUCUUUCCAUCAAUGACCCACCGAGGAUGGAGAAGGAAGGAGACCACAUGGCUACGAGGAUAUUAGACCUCACCCUGGAGAUCAUCUCCUUGAUAACUGGAGAGGAUUACACAGUAGUGAAGAAGUCAUCUGGUGAGUGUGUGACACCCUGUGUGUCAGGAGGACGGAGCAGGACCCAGAGCCCCAUCACCGAGCCUCCACCUCAUUCCCUGAUACAUGAGCAGAAGAUCCUAGAACUUACCACCAGGAUCACUGAGCUGCUGAGCGGAGAGGUUCCUAUAAGGUGUCAGGAUGUCGCUGUCUAUUUCUCCAUGGAGGAGUGGGAGUAUUUAGAAGAACACAAGGAUCUGUACAAGAACAUCAUGAUGGAGAACUACCAGUCCCUCACAUCACCGGAUGGAUCCAGUCAGAGAAAUCCGCCAGAGAGAUGUCCCAGUCCUCUGUAUUCCCAGGACGGUCCAGAGGAGAAGCCAAAUAUCCCACUGGAUCAUCAGGACACUUCUGGAGGAACAAUGAUCGGCUUAGAAAACCCUGUAUCAAUGUCAGUGAAAGAUGAAGACGGGUUGAGCAGCUCCCAUGGAUACUUCAAUUUAUCUUCCUACCAUGAAGUAGAAGAUAACAAUACCACGCAAACUAAUCCAAUAACUCCUAAUGUACCCUCAAUCUUUCAAAGUGAAGAUCUAUCCACCGGCACCACUGGUCACAAGAAACCUUCAUCUAAUCAAUCACUGAUUGGCAGAAAAAGAGCUAAACAGAAACAUGGGAAAAUAUUUCCUUGUGAGAAACAGUUAAAAAAGGAUAGUAAUCUGUCUUUGCAUGAGAGAAAUCACAGAAACAAAAGGUCAUUUUCAUGCUCUGAAUGUGGGAAAUCUUUUACCAGGAAAUCCAUUCUAGUUGUACAUCAGAGGACUCACACAGGAGAGAAGCCUUAUUCAUGUUCAGAAUGCGGAAAAUCUUUUACCAGAAAAUCCAUUCUAGUUGAACAUCAGAGUAGUCACACAGGAGAGAAGCCGCAUUCAUGUUCAGAAUGUGGGAAACGUUUUAGACUGAAAUCACAACUUUAUUUACAUCAUAGAACUCACACAGGAGAGAAGCCGCAUUCAUGUUCAGAAUGUGGGAAAUGUUUUAGUCGGAAAUCACAUCUUGUGAGCCAUCUCAAAAUCCACUUAGACGAGAAGUCAUUUAUAUGUUCAGAAUGUGGAAAAUGCUUUAAUCGGAAAUCAACUCUUCUUUAUCAUCAGAGAACUCAUGAAAGAAAUAAGCUAUUUUCAUGUUCAGAAUGUGGGAAAGGUUUUAGUCAGAAAUCGGACCUCUAUAGACAUCAGCGAUCUCACACAGGGGAGAAGCCAUUUAUGUGUACUGAAUGUGGUAAGUAUUUUGGUAUGAAAACAUUGCUUAUACAACAUCUUAGAAGUCACACAGGGGAGAAGCCAUUUUCAUGUCUGCAGUGUGAAAAAUGUUUUACUCAGAAAACACAUCUUGUGACCCAUCUAAGAAAUCACUUAGGGGUUAAGCCAUUUUCAUGCAUAGAAUGUGGGAAGUCUUAUAGUGUGAAAUCGUGUCUUGCUAGACAUCAGAGAAUUCACACAGGGGAGAAGCCAUUUUCAUGCAUAGAAUGUGGGAAAUGUUUUAUUCUAAAAUCACAUUUUGUUAGACAUCAGAGAACUCACACAGGGGAGAAGCCAUUCAUGUGUCCUGAAUGUGGGAAAUGUUUCAGUGUGAAAUCGCUACUUGUUACACAUCAAAGAGCUCACACAGGAGAGAAGCCAUUUUCAUGUCCUAAAUGUGGGAAAUCUUAUAUUCACAAAUCAAGUCUUUCUAAACAUGAGAGAACUCACUCAGAGGAGAAGCUAUUUUAAUGUUUAGAUUGUAGGAAACGUGGAGCUUCCUUGUUGGAUCUGCUGCCUUCUAAUUUAUAACUUAAUGGGGUUUUACGAGACUUUAAUACAGAUGACCUAUUCUCAGGAUAGGUCAUCGGUACCUGAACAAUGGAGAUCCAACAGCCAGAACAACCACUGAUGAACUGUUGGAGAAGGCAUCAGUGCUCACAGUAGCGCCACUGCCUUCUUUUAGCUUUUUCUAGGCCAGUGAUGCCACAUUCAUCGGUCACAUGG